AUGAGUGCACCAUCCAGCAGCUUCACUCCGGCGAGCAUCGACGCCGAAGGAGUUCUCUGCGAAAGCAAGACAGAUUCCUCCACCCUCAGAAGGCGCAAGAGAAGACGCGAGAGAAGACGCGAGGGAGGAGCAGAACGCGCGCUGAGAGGCGACGGAAAGCCAGUCGGAAAGACAGGAGUUAGGAGAGAAGGACGCAGUAAUUUGGGGGGAAGAACAGAGGGGCAGAGACAGAGGAGAGCAUUUGAAGGAGGAAGAAGAGAAGGUCUGAGGAAGGAAGAAGUGAAGAUUCAGAGGAAAGAGAGAGAAGACGAGAUUCGCAGAGGAGCAACAGAAGACUUCUGCGGAACCAGACCACAGGGAGAGCGAAAAGUGGAAGCGAACAAACACACACACAAGAAACGAGGCACUCCCCGUCUGUCGAAAAAAGAAUUAUCUCUGACGGCUUCCAACCUCCGUUCUCUUUUUUUUAGACACAACAAGAAAGACACUCGAGGGUGCACGGAGAGAAAUGUCUUUCCUUUCUUUCUUCUCUUUCUCUCUUCCUCUCCUCUGCUUUUCGAUCUUCUUCCUUUUUUGCGUCCUUGUGGCUGCUCCUCCUGCCCUUGGUGGGCCGUUGCCUGUGCUUCUGUGUCUGCUACUCUCUCGCUUCUCCGCCUUUUCAAUUUCAUCGAGACCGUCUCCAAAAUGCGGGAGAAAGGGGUAGAACGGGGGGAAAGUGUGUGUGUGUCAAAGAGGAGAAGAAACGCGACGAAAGUGAAGUUCCGCAUGCAACACAAGCAUCUAUCUGCAUGCCCACUCUCAUCUCUCUCAUGUCGCCUCUUUACUCGACUCCGAGACACACCGAAUCCGCUCUUCCCUCUUUCACCGCAAAUGCCUCAUUCUGCACAGGAAAAAUAA